AGCAUGCGCCUCCUUCCUCACUUCCUCUCCAGAAGGGAGAGAGUAAGGCUACGCCCUAGCCGACCCGUGGCCGGCUUCGCGUCACAGGAACUUCAGCACCCACGGGGCGGACAGCGCUCUCCUCCACCUGAGGACCUGACUCCCGAGCGCCUGGAGCCUUUCUAAUCCCUUUACUGGGUAGCCGCGCGGAGCUCCACCGGCCGCUGGGUCCCUGCCACUCUCCCUCCCCUCACCCGCGCUCCUAGCUCUUCCUGUUUUUACUCCUCCUUUUCAUUCAUAACAAAAGCCACAGCUCUGGGAGCCCGGCGCCAGGCUGUUUCAGAAGCCAAGCGUGGAAGAAUGGGGUUCCUUUGGACCGGCACUUGGAUUUUGGUGUUAGUGCUCCAAAGCAGCCCAGUUCAAGCUUUCCCCAAGCCGGGAGGCGGUCAAGACAAACCCCUACAUAAUAGAGAAUUAAGUGCAGAAAGACCUUUGAAUGAACAGAUUGCUGAAGCAGAAGCAGACAAGAUUAAAAAAACAUACCCUCCAGAAAACAAGCCAGGUGAAAGCAAUUAUUCCUUUGUUGAUAACUUGAACCUGCUAAAGGCAAUAACAGAAAAGGAAAAAAUUGAGAAAGAAAGACAAUCUAUUAGAAGCUCCCCAUAUAAUAAAUUGAAUGUGGAAGAUGUUGAUUCAACCAAAAAUCGAAGACUGAUUGAUGAUUAUGAUUCUACUAAAAGUGGACUGAAUCAUAAGUUUCAAGAUGAUCCAGAUGGCCUUCAUCAACUAGAUGGAACUCCUUUAACUGCUGAAGACAUCGUCCAGAAAAUUGCUACCAGGAUUUAUGAGGAAAAUGACAGAGGAGUAUUUGAUAAGAUUGUUUCUAAACUGCUGAAUCUUGGCCUCAUCACAGAAAGCCAAGCAAACACACUAGAAGAUGAAGUAGCAGAGGUUUUACAAAAAUUGAUCUCAAAGGAAGCCAACACUUAUGAGGAGGAACUCAAUAAACCGACAAGUGUGACUGAGAGUCAGGCUGGAAAAAUACCAGAGAAAGUGACUCCAAUGGCAGCAAUUCAAGAUGGCUUUACUAACGGACAAAAUGAUGAAACAGUGUCUAAUACCUUAACCUUGACAAAUGGCUUGGAAAGGAGAACUAAAAUCUACAAUGAAGACAACUUUGAGGAACUCCAAUAUUUCCCAAACUUCUAUGCACUACUGAAAAGUAUUGAUUCAGAAAAAGAGGCAAAAGAGAAAGAAACACUGAUUACUAUCAUGAAAACAUUGAUUGACUUCGUGAAGAUGAUGGUAAAGUAUGGCACAAUAUCUCCAGAAGAAGGCGUUUCCUACCUCGAAAACUUGGAUGAAACUAUUGCUCUUCAAACCAAGAACAAGCUAGAAAAAAACGUUACUGACAAUAAAAGCAAGCUUUUCCCAGCACCUUCAGAGAAGAGUCAUGAAGAAACAGAUAGUACCAAGGAAGAAGCAGCUAAGAUGGAAAAGGAAUAUGGAACCUUGAAAGAUUCCACAAAAGAUGAUAACCCAAGAGGAAAGACAGAGGAGCCAAAAGGGAAAACAGAAGCCUAUUUGGAAGCCAUCAGAAAAAAUAUUGAAUGGUUGAAGAAACACAACAAAAAAGGAAAUAAAGAAGAUUAUGACCUUUCAAAGAUGAGGGACUUCAUCAACCAACAAGCUGAUGCUUAUGUGGAGAAAGGCAUCCUUGAUAAAGAAGAAGCUGAUGCCAUCAAGCGUAUCUACAGCAGCCUGUAGAAAUGGCAGAAGAUCCGGGGUCUUUAGACUGCUUCAGUCACCAUAGCUUAAAACCCUUCUAAUUCUGUCAUUAAAGUUAUUUGACCCAAGGAUUAUUAGAAAGUGAUGAAAUUGCAGUAGUUAACCUUUUAGAAGUGGUUACACAUAGCUUUCUUGCCAUAAAAACUGUCUGAGAAGUAAAGUAUGUAAGCUGUGA